CUCGUCCUCUUUCAUUUCAUAACAAACUUCUAUGAUAAUUUGUCCAUAAUAUGAGGUAGAAAUCCAUUAUUCCUCAGGUCAUGCUCGUGUUUCUUCUCCCGAAUUGUCAAAUGAUCUCCGAUUCAUUUGAAACUUGCGCCUACGCUUCACUUUAUGUGCUAGGGCCUGAAAUGUGACAAAGGAACACAACCUAGCGUAAAAUAGGCCUAAAACACGAGAAUUACCAUCCCAAACGGCUCCAGAAUAGGGGUAAAAACAUGUGCAAUUAAUGGCUUAUCAAUUAGCUACCCCCGACUCCUCUCCUGUAGCUGCUCUAGAUUUUCCUGAUUCGUCCUCUUCUAACGAGUCUGCACUACACUGGUCGUUUGUAAUUCCUCUUCACGUGUCACUUCGUACCACACGUGGAGCUCCUCCUACCCGCCACCAAGACUACCUGGCUUACAGUGUGGUUCUAGUCCCCAUUCCCACUCGGUACUCUCAAGCCAAAGGAAAUUCACAUUGACAUCGUGCUAUGAAUGAGGAGUUUGAUGCCCUUCAUGCUAAUGAGACGUGGAAUUUGGUCCCUCGUCCUCUUCCUUUGUGCAAAUAAGUGGGUCUCGAUGAGUGUAUCAUCUGAAGAUUAAUAUGGAUGGUUCUGUCAGGAUUGCAGUCUCGCAGGGUUUCUGUCAAGAGUAUGCUAUCAAUUUUGAAGAAAAAUUUUCCCCGUUUGCAAAAAAUGGUCACAGUUGGUUCUCUUUUGGUACUUUCUUCUCUUCGCGGCUGGCCACUCUUUCAGCUUGAUGUUAAGAAUUUCUUCUUGCAUGGUGAGCUAAAAGAGACUAUUCACAUGGAACGUCCACCAGGCUACACUCGUGGUACUGUUAUAUGUUGACGAUAUGAUCAUCACUAGUGAUGAUUUAGAGGGGAUUGCAGCUCUUACGGAAGGGCUCCAUGCUUCCUUCGAUCUCAAGGAGUUCGAUUAUGUCUCUUAUUUUCUGGGUCUUGAAGUCAAGCAUUCUCCUCAGCUAAAGCAGGCAUAUUGAUGAUAUUCUUGAGAUCUCUCGGCUCGGUGAUUGUAACUCUAUUUCUACUCCGGUGGAACUUAGCCUCAAACUCGGCUAAGAGACUGGUGAGUUGUUACCCGAUGGUGGUAAGCAUUACCGGAGCGUGGUUGGCAGUCUGAUAUAUUUAAUAUCUACUAGACCGAAUAUUGCUUAUGUUGUCCAGAUUGUUUGUCAAUUCGUGUUUGCUCCACGUGCGAAUCAUCUUGCUACAAUACAUAGUAUCCUCCGCUACUAUCGGCAUGAAGAAAGUUGGCAUAUUUCCUCCUUUGUCUUGCCCUCUUGUUCUCCAUGCCUUUUCGGAUUCAGACUAUGCUGGUUGUGUGGAUACUCGUUGUUCUACUACUGAGAGUUGUGUUCGUCUGGGGUGACUUGUUUAUGUUGUGGUGUUGUAAGAAGCAAUACUGGGGUUCGAAGUCCUCCGCUAAGGCAGAGUACAGGGUUAUGUCUGAUGUCUCUUCGGAGCUUGUCUGGCUACGUCGGCUACAUGGUGAUCUCGGGGUUGAUUGUGAUCUUCCUUUCCAACUCUAUGUCGACAUUACUAGUGAGAUUCAGAUUGCGACGAAUCCAGUGCUUCAUGACUCACAAAACACAUCGAGGGUCAUCUUCAAUACAUACGAGACUAGGUUCGGGAUGGUGUUCUCCUCUUAUUCAGUUAUUCUGCUUCACUUAUGAGGACCAGAUUGCAGAUCUCUUGACCAAGUCUUCCUGGGUCAGUCGACAUUUCUAUCUUUCUCGCAAAUUGAUGAUGAGAGAUCAUUGCCAAUUUGGGGGGAGGUUGUUGAGUUAUAUGUACCUUGGGCUUCAACCCAUCUCUCCCAUACGUAGGCUCGGUAGUAUGGGAUAGCUAGGGUUGGCCGAGUAUGUUUUGUAACUAGGGUUGUGUUAUUUUUGAAUAUAUAUAUGUGUGUGUGCGCGCGCAUGACCAAACCUGUUGAAGCUAAAUUGAAUAAGAGGAUACAAUAGUUUCAGGCGUGGACUAGUCUCGUUCAUACUGAACGAGAAAACCACGUAAGUCACUGUGUUGAUUUCCGUUUCUGUUUCGAUAUUCCGUUAUGAUGAACAGUUUAAUAUCAUUCCGCUUAUUUGUGUGAUACCAUCUUCAAACAAAUACCAGAAGUAGGUGAAAUAUGCCCCCAAAUCCAACUACUAAUAAAUGGAUUACAUCCUUCCUUGGUAGUUGGUACUAUUGGUCUUUGAUUUGGCCCAUUUCAACUAAACCACCAUUGAAGCAAUCAAUAGGAAUGGCCGCCCCACCACCCAAUAAGGUACAACCUGCAGCGGUUGCCAAAUUGGUAAGGUUGUAAUGUUGAGCAAAUUAUGGAAUGGAAAAUAGUCAAAAAUUACUCAUCAAAAUUUGGUUUAAUUUUGACCGGUGUCAAAUUACUCAUUGAAAAUGAAAGAAAAAGGAGAAGGCCCGCUGAUAAUUUUGACCUCAAAAUGGGUUCUUCUAGGAUAACAAGUAGAGAUGGUACAAGGCAGGCACAGAAGGCCAGCAACAAGCGAAGAAGAUGUUGAGAACAAAAACCAAACCAAUGUGGUUGGUCGGACCGACCAGCUCCAGCUCAGCCAACGACCAUUGUCUUUUUCUAGUUGCAAAGCUUUGAGGAUUAGCAGUGUCUUGCAAGCAAGUAAAACAGGGUUAAAUUU